CAGUCACCAGCUGUCAAGCAUCGCUGCUGCUUGUCUGCGAGUGCAGAACAAUUUUUUAACUCCUCUCCGUCGUGAGUAGUUUCGUAGCUGGCAGUGAAUUUCGUCGCGAAAAAGGAGAUUGGAAGUGAAAAUUUCCUCGUCCAAAGUAGAUUUUCCGCGUGUUCGUGUGUUUGUUUCGGUCGGUAAGGUGAAUUUCCACCGCUCGGUGAACUGAUCGGACUCGCAAAUCGGAUCAGAUUCCGGGGUCGCGUCAGCCCCAUUUCUGGGCUCCCGUCGUCGUCGAGGCGAGAGAGCGUAGCCCAUCCAUCCAACCACAGUGGUGUUGAAUAGACACUGACUGCUGUUGGUGCUGCCUUUAAAACCUUGGGGCUCCUCUCUUGUUGCGACUUCAUGUUGUAAUAAAAAGAGUAAACUGCGACAACGACGGCAGUAGCAGCAAAGUAGAAGAAACACGGAGGAGCCAACAACACCACCGUCGGUGGCAGACGUCGUGAUGUUCAACAAUUACGGCAACGUGAUGAUGACCGACCAGUUCCGGAAGGUGGAGCAAUACUCGCCCAAAUCGUCCCCGAGGGCGGGCGGGGCUGGAGGACGGUCCCCGGUUGUGGCCCGCCAGGACUCGUCCGGAACGCUCAAGACCACGAUCCAGCUCGGGAAGAAUCCCUCGAUCGUGCACAGUGGGCCUUUCUAUCUGAUGAAGGAACCACCAGGCGAAGGAGAACUUACCGGUGCGACCAACCUGAUGGCCCACUAUGGCCUCGAACAUUCGUAUAGUAAAUUUAGCGGUAAGAAAGUAAAGGAGCAACUUUCAUCGUUCCUGCCGAACCUGCCGGGCGUCAUCGACGGACCGGGACAUCUCGACAACAGUUCACUCAGAAGCGUCAUCGAAAAACCACCAAUUGGCGGCAAAGAUCUACUUCCCCUCACAAGCGUACAAUUGGCUGGAUUCCGUCUGCAUCCUGGACCCCUACCGGAACAGUACAAGCACCUGAAGACAGCCCCCACUAGAAAGCAUAAGAAUAAGCAUAAGAAACACAAAUACAAGGAGGGCGUAGCGCCCCAAUCGGAGCAGUCGUCCCUGGAGGCGUCCGGCCUCGACACCCACGAGAAGAAGCACAAAAAGCAAAAACGUCACGAAGACGACAAGGAGCGGAAAAAGCGGAAAAAAGAGAAGAAGCGCAAAAAACAGCGCCACAGUCCGGAACAUCCCGGUAGCGGGGCAACCUCGAUGCCGCCGCAAACGCAAGUCUUCUAAAACUUUCGAAACAAACUUUUGUAUAAUCAAAAACACGAAAAAACAACAUAAACCCUUGGAUGGAUGGAUAGAGAGAACUGCAACACAACACAACAACAACAACAAACAACAACCACUAACGUCGCUUAGUGCCUAGGUUAAACGAGUAUGGUAAAGAUUACAUUUUAAGUCUACACUUUACUUUCGGUCGAAACAGUGAGGAGUUGCCGGCGUUGUUUCGUCCGGUGCCACACGCCGGACUCCCCUUGCGGAGAAAAUGUGAAUAUCCCCACGUCCUCUUCCUUCCCUUUCGCUAGUGAAUGGUGGCAUACUAACAGUAUAAUACUACAUUGUGCAAAACCAGAAAACGUAAGCUUCGACAAUUCAGUGGAAGAAGCUAUAUUAAAUACAAAUUUUGCAAUUAUUA